CCUCCUUGUUCACUCAGUCUCUUCGCCUCCGAUCCCGGAUUCCCGAUCCGCCACCUCCACCCAACAAUGCCGGCAUUCUCAGCCUUCAGGCUUCUCCCGCCUCAUUCCAUCCUCCUCCAAUCCACCUUGUUCAAGCCCUCCAUUCCCUUCCUUUCUUACUCCUCCCACCAUCUCUCCUUCUCUUCCUCCAAGCCCUCCAUCUCAUCCUCCACCUUCUCCUCUCGUUUCCACCCAAUCCAAGUUGCCCCCUCUGAUCUUCUCGCCGAUAAGAACGAUCUCGGCCCCGUUCCGGAGAUAUCCCGCGAAGUGGCCCUAGAGCUCUAUGAGGACAUGGUUCUGGGCCGCUCCUUUGAGGAUAUGUGCGCGCAGAUGUACUAUAGAGGUAAGAUGUCCGGCUUCGUCCACCUCUACAGUGGCCAAGAAGCCGUCUCCACUGGUUUCAUCAAGCUCCUUAAAAAGGCUGACACCGUUGUCAGCACGUACCGCGACCAUGUCCACGCCCUUAGUAAGGGCGUCAGCGCUCGUGCUGUCAUGGCUGAGCUUUUCGGCAAGGCCACUGGUUGCUGCCGCGGCCAGGGUGGCACUAUGCAUAUGUUGUCGGCCGAGCAUGGGCUUCUUGGAGGUUUUGCUUUCAUUGGAGAAGGUAUUCCUGUCGCUACUGGCGCUGCUUUUACCGCUAAGUAUCGCCGUGAGGUACUUAAGGAAUCGGACUGUGACCUUGUCACCGUGGCAUUCUUUGGUGACGGGGCCUGUAACAAUGGGCAGUUCUUUGAGUGCUUGAACAUGGCGGCGCUGUGGAAGCUGCCGAUUGUGUUUGUGGUGGAGAACAAUUUGUGGGCGAUUGGGAUGUCGCACUUGAGGGCGGCGUCGGACCCAGAGAUCUGGAAGAAGGGGCCACCGUUUGGGAUGCCUGGGGUACAUGUUGAUGGGAUGGAUGUGCUCAAGGUUAGGGAGGUGGCCAAGGAGGCAAUUGAGAGAGCGAGAAGAGGUGAGGGGCCUUCACUGGUGGAGUGUGAGACUUACAGGUUCAGAGGCCACUCACUUGCUUAUCAUGUUGAGCUUCACAGACCAGAUGAGAAAGCUCACUAUGUUGCUAGAGAUCCCAUUCUAGGUUUGAAGAAAUACAAUCUCGAACACAAUCUGGCCACUGAGUCUGAGCUUAAAACAAUUGAAUCGAAAAUUGAUGAUGUGAUUGAAGAUGCUGUGGAAUUUGCGGAUGCCAGUCCAGUUCCUCCUCGAAGCCAGUUGCUGGAGAAUGUUUUUGCUGAUCCAAAAGGUUUUGGUAUUGGCCCAGAUGAGAAGUACAGGUGCGAGGAUCCUGGAUUUACACAAGGCACAGCUCAGGUCUGAAAGACUGGACAUCUCUUGUUCCAUGCAAACGGCAGCUUGUAUUAGAGUUGAUCUCAUCUGUGAAAGGCUGGAUUGCCGAAUUCUUGGUGCAUCAACAAAUUUUUGGUGCAUCGUUCUUGUAUUAUCCUCAUUUCCCUUUACCUCUGUUUUAUAUAUAUAUAUAUAUAUAAUUAGUAUUAUUGUGUCUGUGUGUGUGUUUGUGAACCUGUCUUCUGUUCUGCAUCAGUGUAUUAGCAGGCUAUUGUGGGUCUAAUGUUAAUAUUAUAAGGAUAACGACCUUUCCAUGUCAUCUGUAAUAGAUGCCUCAGGAUUUCCCAUUUUUAUUCGGUUAGCUUCAUU